UAAAUCAAGUAAGCGUUUCCCCAAUGUCAAAUAUAAAGUAUAACUAAGAACAGGCUCUUUUUCAGUUAAAAAGAUCCUUUUGUGCCUUCAAGAACGUUUCAAGCUUGAAUAGGAAAUUAUUUUAAUUUUUUUUAUUCAUUAAUAAAAUUAGUUUUCUGAUAAUUAGAAAUGGGUCGUCGUAAGUCAAAACGCAAGGCUCCGCCAAAACAGAAGAACAUUCAGCCGUUGGCCCAAGUUUUCGAUUGUCCUUUCUGUAACCAUAAGCAAGCUUGUGAAGUCCUAAUGGAUAAAAUAAAGUUAAUUGGAAGAAUCAAGUGCAAUAUAUGCCAAGAACUAUUCCAAACGUCUGUGAAUUUUUUAUCGGAACCGAUUGACGUUUUCAACGACUGGAUUGAUGCCUGUGAAGAACAAAACUGAGAGGUUUAUGCAAAAUAUAGUUUAGAAAAUAAAUAUGCCAGAAUAUUUUAGAUUAGAAUCAUAAAUAAAAUGACUUUAAAAUCUACAACGUCGAA